ACUAUGGGCUCGAUUGGUAUGAUUGAAGGCGCAUUCUUCUAAAAAAAGUAGUCUCUAUGGCCUGGCAUAACCGUUUCUCUUUUAAAUUAAUGUUUUGUAUUUUUUGAAGUAUGGGCUCGACUCGCAUGAUUCAAGUCACAGUCUCUUAAAAAAAAAAAAAGUAGUCAGGCUAUAGCCUAGCAUAACUGUUUCUUUGUUAAAUUGAUUUGUUGAACUAUGCGCCCGAUUGGCAUGAUUCAAGUAACGUUCUUUUAAAAACAAAAACGAGUCUCUAUACCUUGGCAUAACUGUUUCUUUGUUACAUUGAUUUUUUUCUGAUUCAAUAAUUACGUAACAAUUUUCCGUGGAAUUCAGAAAUUUGGUGUCAAGGUCAUAUCACUUUCUUAUUACCUGAGAUUAGAUUAUGCCCAUGGCUUGGAAGGUCCCUUAAAAAGGGUCUUUAGUAGGUCUCAAGCGUAGUAUUGACGAUCCUAGUUUUGGAGGAGGCCCAUAAUUUACGAGGCCUCUUAUUUUGUCUGCUUUUUAUACUUCUAUCUUUAAAGUAAGUUAUUCUUCGCCUACUAUGGCCACAAGGUAGCUACUACGUCCAUGAUCUGGAGGGUCACUUGAAAAGGUCCUUAGUAAGCCCUAAGUGUAACAUUGACAAUCCUACUUUUGCACCUGUGUGGAGACCCUUAAUUCGUGAACUUCCUACUCUGUUUGCUAUUUCUAUCUUUAAGACAGUACAUUCUUUGCCUACUUUAUCCAAGAGUUACCUCAUGGCAUGGAGAGUCCUUUAAAAACGUCCCUAGUAGGCCUCAAGUGUAACAUCGCCGAUCCUACUUUUUUCACCUGUGUAGAGUCCCCCAGCUCACCAAACCCCCUACUCCGUCUACUUUUGCUACUUCUAUCCUUGAGCCAGUCUAUCCUUUGCCUACUUUGUCCAAGAGUUACCUUAUAGCAUGGAGAGUCCUUUAAAAACGUCCCUAGUAGGCCCCAAGUGUAACAUCGCCGAUCAUACUUUUUCACCUGUGUAGAGUCCCCCAAUUCACCAAACCCCCUACUCCGUCUACUUUUGCUACUUAAAUCCUCAAGAUGAUCUAUUCUUCGCCUACUUUGGGGACAAGACAGCUACGUCCGUGGCCUGAGUGCGAAUUUGUUCGCGUGGGGCAACGGAAGUGUGAAAAGAACGAGGACCGAGCGACGAAUGGUAUGGGGUCGCGACGCGGUUUCGUUUCGUGGUUCUCGAAGCCGUCAUUGAAAGGAGUGUACCUGAGUACACCUCUCUCCCGGUUCUCACUCUCUGCACUCGCCGCUACGCGGUCGGAUUCAAGCCGGUGCGCGAAACUGUUCACGGAUACCGUAGGUCGACCGAUACGAUCGUCAAUAAGGAACCGCGUACGCACGCGUGUCAGGGGGCUCGAUGAUUUUCGAUGAUCAACGCGUGUUCGCGGUGAUCCUCCGUUACAGAAAAGCGGUCGUGAAACGCGGGAAAGUUUCGUGUGCCAUGAGAAAGUGCAGUAAGUAGGAUAAAGGCCGAAGGAAGAAGAGUGACCGUGAAAAUUGCACGAGUGAUCGGUGCCGGGUUCUGAUUUCCGUGUGCUUCGGUGAAGAGACGUGGGAAUUAAAUGUGUAUUUCAGAUAAUCCUGCGUGGUCCUUAAAAACUUCAAGCGGCACAUUUGAUCUGUCGAAUGGCACGUAAUUGGAAGCAGUUGUCGCGGGAUGGAAUUGAACGGAAAUGGCAAUAGGUCUGACCACUCUGCUUAGUACUACUUCGAUCCUCGGAUUCAGCCUGAUUCCCCUCUUAGCGAUCAGCCUGACCGUGUUCCGAUACAAUCAAGCGGAUCCAGAGUCUCACCCGACUAAUGCUCGCCAGCUUCUGCGAACGUACGAUUUCAUAGUGGUCGGAGGUGGGAGCGCAGGUGCAGUGGUCGCAUCGAGGCUAUCCGAGGUGUCGAAUUGGACAGUUCUACUUUUGGAAGCUGGCAGCGACGAAAAUGAAAUCUCAGACGUUCCUCUGCUGGCUGGGUACACCCAGCUCUCGGAGUUCGACUGGAAAUACCAAACUUCACCACCGACCGCGUCCGCGUACUGUCUUGCUAUGCUCGGCGACAGGUGCAACUGGCCUCGUGGAAAGGUCCUCGGUGGCAGCAGUGUGUUGAACGCUAUGAUUUACGUUCGGGGUAAUCGCCGCGACUACGACAACUGGGCGAGUCUAGGCAACCCAGGAUGGAGCUACGACGAGGUCCUCCCCUACUUCCUCAAGUCCGAAGACAAUCGCAACCCCUACCUAGCUAGAACGCCGUACCAUGCCACUGGCGGUUACCUAACAGUCCAGGAGGCACCAUGGAGGACACCCUUAUCGAUAGCGUUUCUGCAAGCUGGUCAGGAGCUAGGCUACGAGAUCCGCGACAUAAACGGAGCGCAACAGACAGGCUUCAUGCUAACCCAGGCGACGAUACGUCGCGGCAGUCGUUGCUCCACGGCAAAGGCCUUCUUGAGGCCGGUGAAGAACAGGGAGAACCUACACAUAGCCAUGAACUCGCAAGCCCUGAGAGUGUUGUUCAACGACGACAAGAGAGCCACCGGGGUCGAGAUCCUUCGCGACGGCCACCAGCAGACGGUACGAGUCAGACGAGAGAUCGUUUUAUCAGCUGGUGCGAUCAAUUCCCCUCAGCUACUGAUGCUAUCAGGGAUAGGGCCUAGGGAACACUUGGCGGAGUUCAACAUCCCGGUGAUAUCGGAUCUGCGUGUCGGAGACAAUCUCCAAGAUCACGUUGGCUUAGGAGGAUUGACGUUCAUCGUCAACGAACCCAUCAGUCUGAAAAAGGAACGUUUCCAAACCAUGCGUGUGAUGAUGGAGUACGUGUUAAACGAGAGAGGUCCGAUGACCAGUCCCGGGGUCGAAGGUCUAGCAUUCGUCAACUCCAAAUAUGCUGACACGUCUGUCGACUGGCCCGACGUUCAGUUUCACUUCGCCCCUAGUUCGAUUAAUUCCGACGGUGGCGACCAGAUCAAGAAGAUCACAGGACUCAGGGACAGGGUGUACAACACCAUGUACAAACCUCUGAAUCAGGCCGAGACCUGGUCCAUAUUGCCACUACUGCUGAGACCAAAGAGCUCUGGCUGGGUGCGUUUAAAGAGCAGGAAUCCUCUCGUGUACCCUGACAUCAAUCCAAAUUAUUUCACGCACAAGGAGGACAUGGACGUCCUGGUGGAGGGUAUCAGGAUCGCCAUGCAGGUGUCCAACACCACCGCUUUCCAGCGAUUCGGUUCCAGGCCGCAUACUAUACGGAUGCCUGGCUGCCAUCGCUAUCCUUUUGACACUUACGAGUACUGGGAGUGCGCGAUACGACAUUUCACUUUCACCAUUUAUCAUCCAUCUGGUACGUGCAAAAUGGGACCCAAGAGUGAUCCAACAGCGGUCGUGGAUUCGAGGUUGAGGGUUUACGGGGUGAAGGGACUGAGGGUGGCUGACGCGUCGAUCAUGCCUGCCAUUGUCAGCGGGAAUCCCAAUGCUCCUACGAUUAUGAUAGGGGAAAAGAUGAGCGAUAUCAUCAAGGAGGACUGGCGGGUGAGGAAACGAUACGUGGGAGGACGAUGAGUGAUCGUGGCAUUGUUGAUCGAGAUGAAAGUGUUUGUUGCGUAUCGGUGCUUUCUAGAACUUUUAAUGCGAAAUGGCACACUUUCACGACGAAUACGACGAGUGUGAUAUGGAAAGUACGAAUUUUUAUGGAAAUUACAUUUUUACAGAUAUAUACGGUCAAUCCCAAUUGUAUUCGCGCUCUCUAUUACUAUUGAAGAAGUUUGGUUAAAUUAAAUAAUAGUUUCGAUAUUACCAAAUGGAUUUUUCAUAGUAAAUAUGUAUAUGAAUAAGCUUAUACGUGUACAU